AUGCCUUCUGUGGCUCCUGCUCGCAAUGAGCCUCAUGUCUUGAACCAGAUCAUCAUCUCGCCAUCCGAUACAGACUAUCUAGACCAGCUAAUUCCAUCCAUCCGAGAGUACAGCAUUGGAAACCGUACACCACAGCUGCUACAGGCGCUAUCCCGCUUCGCGAGUGACAAGGAGGCUGAGAUCGAGAGCAUCUGCAACACCAACCAUCAGGAGUUCGUCUCGUCGGUCAACUCCCUCCUGCGGAUUCGCGAAGGCACCGUCAGCCUGACGGCAGAGAUCCUGGACCUCAACCAGUCCAUCCAGACGAGCACUGAGCGACUCGCCGAACAGAAGAAGGCUCUCGUGGAGUCGCGCGGUCAUCGGCAGAACAUUGACGAGACAUCCCGAGCCAUCCAAGAUUGUCUGGAGGUGCUGCGCCUUGCCAAUCAAGUGCAUGAUUUGCUCGCGAGGAAGAACCACUAUGCCGCCCUUCGUGCAUUGGAGGAGCUGCAGAACGUGCACCUGAAAGGGGUGACGCAGUAUAAGAUCGCGGUCAUGAUCCAGAGUUCGGUACCGGCCAUGCAACGAGCCAUCGCGGAAGCGGUCAUGUCGGAUUUGAAUACCUGGCUCUACAGGAUUCGGGAAAUGUCCCAGUAUCUGGGAGAGAUUGCACUUUAUCACACCAACCAGCGGAAAACAAGGCACAAACAACGAGCGGAGAAAAUGCCAUACUUGGAGCACUUCAAGCUUAAUUCUCCCAUUGAACUCGUGUCGGACGAAGACGAGGAAUACGACCUGUUGCACAAUGAUGUGCUCCAGGUUCCCUUUAACCCGCUAUUUGAGUGUUUGCAUAUCCACCAGUCCCUAGGGCAGAUGGACAAAUUUCGCAUCGAGUACGCCAAUACUCGGCGGCGCCAAAAAGAUCUACUAGUUCCUUCCACGAUCACCCUGAUCGACGAAGACGGCGCGGGUCUACACAAUCUCCUCGAAGAAAUGGCUGGGUUUGCCAUUGUGGAGCGGGCGACAAUGAAAAGAGUGCCGGACCUGAGAUCGUCCGUCGAUAUUGACGAACUCUGGGACUCGAUGUGCCAAAACGCCAUCGCUUUGAUUUCCAAGGCGCUCCAUGAGGUCGACAAUGCAGAAAACAUUUUGAAGAUCAAAAACUUGAUUGCGUUAUUCAUGCAAACGAUGGAUACCUGGAACUACCCCGUGAGGGCCUUUGAUGAAUUCCUACUCACUCUCUUCGAGAAAUACUCGGAGCUGCUGAAGAAGCGGUUCAGCGAUGACUUCCAGGAGAUCGUAUCGACCGACGACUACAUGCCCAUGCCGAUACAAACUCCGGAGGAGUUUGACAAGGUGCUCAACGUCAGCUGGUACAGUCCUGAAAAGCCACGCGACGAGCAUCAGUUCCCAUGUGUUUUGCCAUUCUCGCAGAUGUACCCCCUGUGCUGCAUCGACAUCCGGAAUUUCCUGAACCAGUUCUACUUUUUCGCCAAUGACGAGUUUUCGCAUCCGAAUGUCAUCGAUGAGACCUUGAAAGAGGCCUUGGACGAUCUCCUUUCGCGGAAGGUCUGUGAUACCCUGGUGGACCGACUUUCCUCGCAGUAUCUAGGCCAGAUCGUUCAGAUCCUCAUUAAUCUGGAGCACUUUGAGCUAGCUUGUCGUGAACUCGAGCUGCUGCUGGCAGCAGCGCGUUCACAAAAUUCAACCGGCACUUCAAUAUCUCUGAGAGCAACAGAGAAAUUCCGGAAUAACAAGAAAACUGCCGAGAAGCGUAUCUUUGAGGUAGUCAACUCCAAGAUUGACGACCUCAUUGAGACCGCAGAAUAUGAAUGGAUGUCUCCCAGGCCUCCAACGGAACCUAGCAAUUACAUGCAAACCUUGACUCGGUUCCUGUCUAAUAUCAUGAACUCCACAUUGCUUGGUCUGCCCACAGAGAUCAAAGAGCUCAUCUACUUUGAUGCGCUCAGCCAUGCGGCUAAUAUGAUUCUGCUGCAACCACUUUCCCCAGAUGUAAAGAAGAUCAACCCCAACGGCGUAGCCGCGUUAGCCAAGGAUUUUGAGCAUCUUGCUCAAUUCGUGGACAGCCUUGGGGUGCCUAUCCUGCGCGAAAACCUUGACGAGUUGCAGCAGACGGUGCAACUGAUGCAAGCGGAGAAUGCAGAUGAGUUUUACGAUAUCUCGACGCGAAACAAGAAAUACGGACGAGUCGAUGCCAUGCAAGGGCCUCUUUUGUUGGAAAAGCUUACCCGGACAGUCCAAGCCCCAUCCAAGGCGGACAAGUUUGCCACCAUAUCUUCCCGGUUCGGAAAGAAGACGUGA